GUCGUUCACGUGACUCGACAGCAGCAGCACCGCCACCACCGCCACCACCACCACGGUGCAGUUUCUCAGCGCUCGCUGUUGGAGGAGCCGGACUUGUUGCCGCUGCUCGGGGUAGAAGGAACCGGACUUGUUGCCGCUGCUCGGGGUAGAAGGAACCGGACUUGUUGCCGCUGCUCGCGGUAGAAGGAGCCGUCCACGCACACCGCGCGGGGUACAGGAUCCCGCCCGCUAUCGCCGCUGCUCGGGUAUAACCUUGCUGCAACCGUUUCUACUUUGGGUGUAACCAGGUUAUGAGAUCAUCAUGACAGACCGGGUGAACAACUUUCCUCCACUGCCAAAGUUUGUGCGCUUGAAGCCAUGCUUUUAUCAAGACUUCAAUGAGGAUAUCCCUGAGCCACACAGACUGUCUGUCAAACGGCUGUACUACCUGUGGAUCAUGCAUGGUAUUACCCUGGUGGUGAAUUUGAUUGGAUGUCUGGCUUGGCUAAUCGGUGGAGGGAGUGCAGUCAACUUCGGACUGGCCAUCCUGUGGCUGAUCCUUUUCACUCCCUGCUCCUACGUGUGCUGGUUUAGAGCUGUCUACAAAGGCUUCAGGAGUGACAGCUCUUUCAACUACAUGCUGUUCUUCUUCACCUUCUCCGGGCAAGUGGUACUGAACAUCAUCCAGGCAGUGGGCAUCCCUGGUUGGGGAGUAUGUGGAUGGAUAGCUACCAUCAGCUACUUUGGCACCAACAUAGGUGUGGGAGUGGUGAUGCUGUUUCCCACAAUCAUGUUCACGGGGCUGGCUGUAAUCUCCUUUUUAGCUCUAAUUAAGGUGCACAGCUUCUACCGUGGGGGUGGUGGCAGCGUGGGUAAGGCACAGCAAGAGUUCUCCACUGGUGCCUGGAAGAACCCAUACGUGCAGCAGUCAGCGCGCAAUGCAGCUGCAGGAGCCAUUCCUGAGGCCUUCUGAUGGCAGUGGUCUCCACUCGGCCACAGCUGCCGCAGUCCCGAGUUCCACAUGUGCUGGUCCUGUGGUCCUCUCCUACUUAAAUGUUAAAAUUGAUGUGACAUUUAAUUCCCUCUCCAACCACCCUCUUCCUCCCCCAAUAAAGACAAUUAUUAGAUACUCUUGUGUAGGUGUUAAGUAAUCCUUCAUUAUGGAAUCUCAAAAUGCAUACUUAAAUUUAUGUUAAAUUAAAAUGUAUUUUUAAUUGUCAUUUAAACUACUGGACCAAUUUUUAUAACCAACAGCACCUUCAAAAUAUCUUAAUCUAACUGGAAAUAGGCAAUUAGGAAGUAUUUUUGUAUCUUUACCUCACCAAUGACCAAUGGAAUAAAUAUAAUUAAAUAAUGGGAUUUUGAUAUUCAAAUGUAUACAUUAUUCAUCUGGAGAGCCACAGUACAACAAUGUUAUUUCAACAGUAAAUUUUUGUUUAAUAACUUUGUAAUCUAAAACAGUGCUAUUUCAAUGGAAAUUGCUUGUGAAAAGGGCAUGACCCUGCUACUCAUGUGCAAUAUGUCAGAUUUGCCACUAUAUGGCAGACAUGUUACUUGAUUAAAGCUAGUGGCAUCCAUGUAUAACCGCAGAUUAGAGCUGCAGCAAGUUAUUACAGUACUAGAUUUUGUCCUUUGAGGGUGUAAAUAGGGAAAUGUAUCGACAAAUGUCAUAAAAUGUAGAAAUUGUAUGAAUAUUUCUACCCUCGGAAUGAAAAAUGGAGAACAGCUGACUGCUUUUCUGUUGUGCAGUCGUGCUAUCAGUAUCACGUCAAUGGGAUACUAAUUAUCCAUUUGAAUCUCUCACACAUGGUAGAGAAGGGUCCAGAGCAGCAUGUGAUGUCUGCCACCUAGCAACCUCUUGAAAAAUAAUUGGACCAUAAGUACCAGGGUCAUGUCCCAUUAACUUCAAAAUAAUUCACUGGGCAUAGCUUACAGAUUAAAAGGCUUAUUGCUGAUUGAAAUGGCUGCAGUUCACAUUGAAAUCAUUUGUAAAGAGAAAUCCUGAUGCAGUUUACCCUUCCAUAUUACCCACGUACUCAUAAACAAUACAAUAUAGUACUUACAAUUGCACUGUUUUAAUGGGAAAGCCAGCAUCUUAUAACAUUUGCAUAGUCCACAUGAAACUACAUGACAACAGUAAUGUGCCUUCUAUACAGAUAGUCACAGUUUACAAUGGCAUUCUUUAUACCCGCUGCCAGGUUAAAGUAAAGCCAAAUUUAAGCACAUACUGGUUGUUUUGGCACACCAUUCCAUUGUAAUAUAUAGGGACUAUGUAUGAACAGGAAUUAGAGCCUUGUCUUUGUUUAAGAACAUGCAAAGAUAUUAGUUGGUUGCAAAUAUCCAAAGUGCUUUGAUUGGUUUAGAUUACCAUGUCUUCUGCUGCAAAUUGCACAGCUUGUGCAUAAUUGCCAACAAUUUGAAAGCAAUGAGCAUUCCAUCUGGAAAGUCAUUGGGAUUAUCCCAGCUCUGGUUCUAAUACAGCUUGUGGAGGGGUGAAUUAUAAAUCUCUCGGUACAAAAACCCCAUUACGUAGUGAAUUUAUCUCCCCAUAUUUGAUGUGGUGCUGCUGCUGUUGUAGAAAUAUCAUUUGGCCACUGUCCACCUGUGAUCCUUUCUGGUAACAUACUUUGUAUUUAUUGCCCCAAGUUUUAUGCAGUGAAAUAUACAACAUCGAAGUAUAGUUGAGAAAACAUUUUUUCUUUCAUUUCUGUAGUUGUUACAUUAAACAACCAACUCGGCCACAAACAUGUAAUCUUUAUUUUCUUUAACGUGUGCUGCUAGAGCACACAUUGCUGAUUUUAGUGUGGCGAGAAAGCAUACAUACUCUGCUAGCGUCCAAUUGUAGGGCAAACAAACGCAUUUGUGUAUUUCUACUCGAACACGACUUGGAGAAGUAUGAUACAUGUCAUCGCUAUUGAAAUAAGAUGAUUAAGUAUAUAAGCAUGUGUAGUAUUUUAUUGGAAAGGAUGUGAGGUUUGGGACAUGGCGAUUAAAGUUUAGCAUCGUUUGAGGUAGGCUGGGUAGUUCAGAGGCCUGGGUUCUGCUGAGGUUCUGAUAACCACCUGUAUUUAAUCUGGGUUCUCAGGUGCAAUUCGUUAAUGCUAUCAGACAAAUGACUACUAAAAACUACCAUCAAAUUAAAUUAGGUUAUUGACUUAAUUUAGAUACAUUACAGCUCUGAAAUUUUAAAAAACGGUGUGACUGUUACGCAACGAAUAUUAAUUACUCUUGUGUGACAGUGGGUGGGAAAGUGCUGUCUGCUGCUGUGUGGACCAGGUUACUUGGAAGGGUAUUCAGAUGUAGCUCCGGUUACCUGCUGCUCUGGACCCUUCUAUACCAUAAAGGGUUGCACUGUUGUGUGAGAGAUUCAAAUGGAUACUUUGUAUACCAUUGACAUGAUACUGAUAGCAUAAUUAGGAUACAAUUGGAAAAAAAACUUUUGAAAUUAGCAGUUGCCAUGCCACACCCAACAUAAGAAACCUGAACACUGAAACCUGGUGACCAACUUGAGACUAUGGUUUGCUUUUGAUUGCUUGGAAUUCCCUUCUGAUUCUUAGGAAUCAGAACGAUAUGCUUUAAAUAAUUAUAUUUAAAAAAAAUAGAGCCUUCAUAAACUGGGUUACCAGCUUGUUAACUACAGUAUAUUCAUUUUUUUUAACCAACUACACCCAUUUAUAGGAAACGUAGUCCUGCUACCUUGAUGUUCGGAGAGGUUAGAAACCCAGUUUAAUUUCCAGUUUGAUGUGGAUUUUUGGAGUGUAUAUUUUCCAAUUCCCAUUGUAAUAUUCCAAAAUAACAUUCUACCAAAAUAUAUUUAAGUUUCUAAUAUUUUCAGAUGUGUUUUAUUCUAACUUAAGUUUGAGUUUUUUUGGAUUCUUCUUUGAACUUAAUUUGUGGUUGAAUGCUCAUUUGUUCCAUUCCACAAUUAGUUCCAAAUUCCAACCUGCAAGUGUAAUUUUGCAUGAUUGCAAAUCACAUUACAUGUAUAUGAGUGAUCUGACCCCGAGCCAUGAUGAAACAAUAUCCUCAUAUAAAUGUAUGUCAAAAAGACAAACUGUAUGUUUGCACAUUUAUAUGCACUGUACUGUAUUCACAAUAGACAGAUGAGAGCCGAGUUGACAUUUAGUCAUGAGCCUUGAACGUGUGUAAUGUGAUGCAGGUGGUAACGCUAUCAUUCCUUUGCCUUUCUACAGCUGCCAUAGAGUACAACUUUAUACUGAACUGGACCAAUACAAAAGAUAACAUUUUCUAAUUUCAUCAAAAAUAAAUAAUGAAACGAGAGAUCUUUAUUAAAUAUUGACAUUUUCAGUAUAGCUUGGUGAAAGGAUUUGUUUUGGUCAAAGUGUCCAUUGACUGAGUUUCAAGGAAGGCAUACGAUACGUAAAGUAAAGUAGAGUGUACUGAAACCAUCAACAAUACACAUACAAAUGCUUACAUUGACUGACCCAUUUCUGUGAAGAGUCGGCGUAUUGUAAUAAAACCUACUAAAGGGAUGAGUUUUAUGAUGUGGACAUGGACAAACUAACAGGACAGCUGAAUACAACACAACCAUGGGUAUGGGCAUGAUUGUCAUCAGUGACAUCGCAGUUUGCUCAUCAUAACUUCAUCAUGAAUGUGCAUUGUCUCGACCACUUGCCAGCCUCUGAUUAAAGCAUGGGCAAGCAAGACCUUCGUCCCAGGUCUUUGAUCUAGGGUAGGUUAGUCAGGUAGGAAGCUUGACACUGCUGCAUGGUUCCAUUUUCAUAUAUAGUUGUCUAAAUCUUAUAAGUUAACGAGUUUUUUUGAUAAAAAACAUGUUUUUAUUAAAAAGUCCAUAUAGGAUUUUUAAAAAAAUAUAACCUGCAUAGAUAUAAAAUCUUGUUUUCAUUCACAUCAUGCAUAUGCUAAAUUUAUUGUAGAGUGCAGCAUAUGUCCCAUAAAUCCAGUACAACUUAAUGUAUAGUUCUUUUCAUUUCAAUCUUUUGUGUUAUAAAAAUGUGAAAAAUACGUUAUAAUUCUCCUGAAACAAACUUUAUCAGUUCAAAGGACGUAAGCAAUCAACUACCCUAUUUCUUUAAACGUUAACUUUUAUUUAACCCUUUUCAGGCAGACCCUGACAAUUGAAUCUCAUUGCCGGAGUGUAACGUGCACAUAUGUGUAGAAAGUUCAUUUAUUUAAUUAUGUGCAUUUAUUACAUAAUACCAUUUCCCAUUGAUUAAUGUCAGUUUAAGGAACAAAAAUAAUGAUUGCAUUCUAAAAUCUCAUCUGAUAAAAAUUCUGAAAAGUUUUUCAGUGCAAUGUGUGAAAGCAAGUUCUUGCCUUUCUCUAUGCAAUGCUUGUGCUUACACAGAAGCAUGUCAUGAGAUGAGGUUGUGCCAACAAUAUUUGAAGUCCCAUUGCAGCAGAAUUUCCCCAGUUUUGAGACAACAUAAUUAAUUACCCUUAAUAGCUCUGGUUCAGCAGUCACUGUCUCAAGAAUAUCACAUGAUUAAAUCAGUUUUUUUACUUUGAAACUUUUUAAGAUAUUUGUUUGAGUAAAAUCUUUUGGUUGCUAUUUAUUUUCCUUAACAUUACUAAAAUUAUACAAUUUAUGUGCAUCUUGGUAAAUAUGGCAUUGUUAAAUAUUAGAGUAAAUCUGAUGGCACACUGUGAAGUUAUGGAUAUUUAAAUGUUCUACAAGAAUUAUAAUUGUUGGGAAAAUGUUAAUCCACGUGAGAUGGUGUGUACAUGGAAUACAACUAUAGAUACAUGUUUUAUCAUGAAACACUUUCAUAAUAAAUCAAUGAUGAUAAUUGUAACAGGUCUUCAAUACAUAUUUUGUAAUGCAUAUUGUGAUAGGUGUUUAGAGAGAAUACAUUGAAUAGUCCUUAUGUAAGGUUUGAUAUUAUAUUGUGGUCCAACUGGUAAGAUUGAAUACGGUCUCGCUGUUGUGUUUGGUUGUUAAAGUUUAAAGACCCUAACAUUGUUAUUUUGAGAAUUACUAAUUUGGUCUUCUAACAAGUUCAUAUUCUGUGUAAUUGGUUGUUCAUUAAUGGUGUUCCUUCGUCAACAACUGCAGCUCUUGGGUUUUUUCAGUUCAGGGAAACCCGCGGUUUGUAGAACACGUUUUCUGACGCUCAUGCAUUGAUUGUCUGAUGGUAUGGUCAUGUGUUUUCAUUAGAUAUUUCUUUAAAAUUGCUACUUACGAUUGUGUAAACGACACCCGCUAUACUUUUUAAGCCUUUGGUAAAGCAUUGGAAAGCAAGAAUCUUACACAACUGGUCAGGAACUUCGAUCAAAUUUCAACCGUAGCAAACUAAAAGACAGCUCUCAACCUACUCCAUGAUUGUACAACUGCAAAGGUUGAAUAUGUUUCUGUAAUCUGUGAAUCUGUAGGCGCUCCUACAUGACCAUAAUUAGGAUAUGCAACUGCUGGUGCAUAUACAGUAGUGUUUGCCAUUCAACGUGAAUCAUGUCAGCACAGCACAGUCGUGUCGGAUUCAUUAGCCUAGGACUUUGUAUGGCAACGCAUGGUAAGGAACAGUUGCAGUACUGUACUCAAGCUGGAGGCAUUUUUUUAAUAUCUUGUUUACAGUGCUGAGUCAUCUCAAUUUGUAUGAAACGUAAACCUUGGAACACUAAGGAAACACAUUUUCGUAUAUACUAUAAGCGUACACCUCGGAAAUGUGCUACGUCAUUUUCUAACCAUUGCACAAACAGACCCAAUGGAAAGUAAUAUUCCACAACACCGCAUUUGAGGAAUGUUUUUCUUACAGGUGGCACAUUUUUUUUGUAUGACCUCUGGAUGGAAAUGCCAUCUCUGUUUUUAAGUUAAGUUAGGGCUGGGUAGUAUCCAGGGUUGCCCGACGCCUUCAGCAUCGUUUAGAAAUACCCAAGUACAAGUUUGCUAACCAAAGCGCUGGUACUUUAGUUGUCAGCUUAUGUUAUAUAGUUUUUGUUUUAAAACAAAAUUUAACCUUCGGCAGAUGCUGUGAGUAACAUGUUAAGGGUUUAAUACUGUUAUGUUACGUGCCUUGUGGAGUUCUACGUUUAGAUAAUUUUUAGAUUUACACGUGCAAGCCAGCAAGAUAUUUAAGUUUUAAGUCUUUAUUUGCCUUCAUUUAAUUGCCAAACAGAAACAUUCUUACUAGGUGAAAUUAUUUUCCCAUUCUUUUAAACUGCCAAAUAUGAAUUUUGAAAAUUGUAUGAAUAUUAAUAAGUGUUUUUGUACAUAUUUGUACAACUUGUUGAUAGUUUCUGUUAAACCAAAACACAGUUUCAUAUUCUGACUCAAAUUACAGCUGUUUUAGACUAUAAAGCACACAAUAUAUUUAUACCCGUUGUAAAUUCUUUCUUACUUUAUUGUGAUCGGUGGUGGAUAAAAAGACCGUUGGCACAACAUCUGAUGCUAUGUGAUAACAAAGAUAUUUACUUACACAUUGAAAUACGAUGAUAUUGUUUCCAGAGCCCCUUUCUAAAAAACAUUUUUGGCAGAAUAAAUGUAACUGUAGAUUUAAAAAAAAAUGUUCCCUAGAUUUUAUUUUUCCAGAGCCUGCACGUUCUCCACAUUGUGAAAGUGUAUGGACAUGGGUUGUGUGGUGUAUUGUACGGUGGUAAUAAAUGCUUCAAAAUAG